AGAAGACAGAAGGCAAAUGGCGCCGAGUCUGAAGAGAGUGAGCUUUGACAGGAUGAAGAGAAGCGUAGUUGAUCAUUCGCCAUGGAUGCCUGUAUUCCCUGCCGCCGGCCUUUUUUGCAUUACUUCGACGUCAACCUACCUUCCUCCAACUUAUUCUAUUCCAUAAAAUAGAUUAGAUCUCCGUUUCUCACGCCCACGCGCAAAAAGAAGGUCCAAAGUGCUCAUGGAGGUCUCGGGCCGCGUCUCGUCUGCCAGGGACUCGUCGCUGCUGUUGCCGAGGUCGCCUGCGAGGAGUAGGGAGGAAGGCGGGGGAGGAGGAGGGGCAGGCAUGGAGGCGCUUCGGCGGCUGGUGAGGCGAGUGAAGCCCUUCGAGCAUGUCGGCCUUCUAGGGUUCGUCGUCUUCACCGCCGCUCUGUUCCUGUCGCUGCUCUGCUCCGCCCACUCGGACUACAGCUGGGUGUGGCUCGGUGGCGGAGGGUAUCGGGGGCUGUGGGUCUCUUCGACGAAGGGCUGCGGUGUGGAGAGAGGGACGAGCGACGGCAGCGGCGGCGGAGAAUGCGAUUGGUCCGAGGGAGAGUGGGUGUGGGACGAGGGUUUCCGCUGCUCAGAGAACGGGCGGUCCGAUCGAUUGUACACCAAGUGGCGGUGGCAGCCCGCUGGCUGCGAUCUCCCCAGAUUUAACACAAAGAAGAUGCUGAAGAAACUAAGGAACAGAAGGUUGGUGUUUGUUGAUGAUUCGAUAGGGAGGAACCAAUGGGAGUCCCUCCUCUGCAUGCUUUCCAUGGGGGUUUCUAACAAGAGCUCGAUCUAUGAAGUCAAUGAUAGCCCAAUUACAAAACAUAUGGGCUUCUUGGUUUUCAAAUUUGAAGAAUACAAUUGCACUGUGGAGUAUUACAGGUCACCAUUUCUGGUUCUCCAGAGCCAUCCCUCACCAGGGUUACCGGAGCAAAUUAAGGCUACACUUUGACUGGAUGUCCUAGAUUGGAUAUCCAGCAGGUGGAAAGAUGCUGUUGGAACCAUUUAGAAACAUGCCCUUGGCAAAUUCAACUGAGAAUCAGGCACUAGAGUUGGCUGAAUGUAACUGAGAUGACAGCUCAAAGGAGAGAUGGCCAUUUAUCAGUAUUCUACCUUGGUUCCUCAGGACCUGCCCCUCUCCCCAAGCAGGAUUGCAGCCACUGGUGCUUACCUGGGGUUCCAGAUACAUG